AUGCUAAGGCAUCCUUUUAUGAUAAAUAUGCAUCAUGCUUUUCAAAACAAAAAUUACCUUUUCCUCACAAUGGACUGGAAGUCUGGUGGAGAUCUCCGCUAUCAAAUGAUAAAAAAUAAAUUUGUAGAAGAGGAAGCCAAAUUUUUGGUUUCAUGCAUCGUUCUUGUAUUAGAAUACAUACACUCUCUUAGCGUAAUUCAUCGAGACGUAAAACCAGAAAAUUUGCUCUUUGAUGAGGAAGGGUAUAUUUAUCUCGCAGAUUUUGGAGAAGCCAAAAUAUGGGAUAAAGAGAUGCCUCAUGAUAUGUCAGGAACCCCUGGAUAUAUGGCGCCUGAAGUAGCCUUUCAGCAGGAUUAUUCAUAUACCGCUGACUGGUUUGCGGUGGGUGUAAUUUUAUAUGAAAUUAUUACAGGAUCAAGGCCAUAUUCAGGAAAAACUUUAAAUGAAGUUAAAGAUAAAAUUUUAGAAGGCCAAUCACAUUUAAACGUCGAGAACUUAUCAACUCCUUGGUCAAAGGAAUGUGAAGAUUUUGUAAAUAAAUUAAUUCAAGUAAGCCCACAAAACAGACUGGGAUUCAAAGGAAUUGACGAAAUAAGAAAUCAUCCAUGACUGAAGUAUAUAGAAUGGGAUAGAUUGUAUAGAAAAGAAAUUAUCCCAAGCUUCAAGCCGAAGAAAGGAAAUAAUUUUAAUUCACAUUAUGUAAAUGAAGACUGGAAAGAUGGAAUUACACCCAAGUGCAAUUUUAAUCAAGAUAUAUUUUUAGGCUACUUUUAUAUGGAGUUGCCUCAAAAUACUGAUUCAACUAGGCAGUGGAGACUAGGACCCUUAGGGUGCCUGAAGGGCCCAAGUAGAUGCCUAAGCUCAAAGAAGAGUCUUCUGCCCAAACUUCAAGGCUGUCUUCCUGAUGGAGAUCAAAGUCAGACGUAGCCACACCUUUGGCAAGCCCGAGGAAAAUGCGCGAUAUUCGCCACAGAGCAGUGCUGGAGAUAGCUGUGGUUGACUGUUUGUGGAUGCCAAACGAUUAUAGAUUAAUUAAAAUUAAGAUUCAACUAACACAAAAGUCUAUGCAAAAAGGAAAAACUCCUUUUGCUUGCCAACAAUUCAUUCAGGAGAUACAAUUAAUCAAAAAAUGCAUGAACGAGGAAAAAGCGAAUUUCGUGCUUCAUAA